UGUAGACGCAAGGACACUGCGACUUGAGGGGAUAUAUGUACAUGCUGGGACAGCAGCAGUACUCGAUUUGGGGAUUUCCAUUGGAGGGGCACCACCACCAGCAGCAUCCUCUGACCUGCCAAACUGCCCCCAGCAGCGGGAGGCUCCCAUUCCUUGGCCAUUUCCUUCCCUUUUCCAGGCACCAAUCUUGUCCGAGCUCCGAAUCCACCGCUGCGGUGCCAAAUCCAAGAAGGAAACAGGCGGCGGUGGCCGUGCCGUGGCACGGAGGGGAAGAAGGCUCAGGGAGAAGAAGAAGAAGAAGAAGAGUAGAGUGAGACGAGGCAACCACCAAUGGGGGCUUCGUCCGUGCUGCUGCUGCUCUGCCUCCUCGGCUUCUGCUUCGCGGUGAGCCACCAGAAGUCGGACUCGUGCGCCGGAGAUCUCCAGGUGGCGCAUCUCGUCCCCUUCGACUCCUCCGCGUUCCGCUGCAUCACCCUCUGGAAGCAAGAGGACUUCAUCCUCCGGUACAAGAACACGGCGCCCAACAAAUGGAGCUUCGUGCUGUCGGCGCCGGACAAGGGGACCUUCGUGGCGGUGGGGUUCUCCGGCAAAGGGCUGAUGAUCGGGAGCAGCGCCGUGGUCGGGUGGGCGGCGGCGUCGAGCGGCGGCGACGGCAAGGGCAAGGGCGGCGUCAUCAAGCAGUACUACCUCCAGGGCCGGACCCCGGAGGACGUGACCCCGAACGAAGGCCGCCUCGCCAUGGUCAGGAACAGGUCCGCCCUCGUCUCGCACUCCGGCAGGCUCUACCUCGCCUUCGAGCUCAACACGGACCGCCCGCAGCCGCACCUGAUCUACUCCGUGGGAUACGAGGGCUUCAUCCCCUCCUCCGACUCCAAGCUCCAGAUGCACCGCGAUAUGGGCUCCCGCUCCUUCAACUACACUUCCGGGCUGGCGUCUAAUGGCGACGCCGUGACCGAUUCGUUCCCGGCGGAGAGGUGGCACGGGCUGCUGUCCAUGAUGGGGUGGGGCGUGCUGCUGCCGGUGGGCAUGAUGGCGGCGCGCUACUUCCGGCGGCAGGAGCCGUACUGGUUCUACGGCCACAUGGCCAUCCAGGGGCUUGGAUUCGCCGUCGGCAUCGUGGCCGUCAUCCUCGGCUUCCGCCUCAACGAGGACGGGCUCAAGAACAUCUACGUGCACAAGGCCAUCGGCAUCGCCAUCCUGUCCAUGACCUCUCUCCAGGUGACAGCGAUCCUGGCGCGGCCGGACAAGACGUCCAAGGUGCGGCGGUUCUGGAACUGGUACCACCACAACAUUGGCCGCGCGGCGAUCCUGCUGGCCAUCGGCAACAUCUUCCUGGGCCUCUCCAUCGCGCAGGAGCUCAGCUCCUACAUCGUCUCCUACGGUGUCUUCGUCGCCGUCUGGGUCAUGGCCAUCGCCGCCUUCGAGAUCAAGCGCUGGUACGAUGACGACGACGACUGAUUCCAUAUGAUCAAACACACCAAAACACACCCAACGGCAACGCCCAUAUCUGGAGCCGAUCUCGAGGCCAGGAGUAUCUACAUAGAGAAGAGCCGUUUCCGCUGUGCCUGUGAGCAAAUUGAUUGGAGCUGUUGGGUGGACAGCGAAUUUGAGAAUCCGUUAAAAAAUUCUUUUUGAGGUAUAGGAUACAGGAGCAGGGGCUGGAGUGACUGCUGUUUUUCUAGCUCAAUUAGCUGGACGCUCUGAUUCACAUUUGUAUAUUGGUACUACAUUGUUUACAUGGUGCCGUCGUGUUGUGUUGUACCCUUUUUGUCCAUUGGUAGCUUGCUAAAGUUUUCUUCCCCCCUUUCCCUGUGCAUCGAUCAAUGAACAUUUGCUGAUUCUGUAACACGGCAGCACAUGCCUUCAGCUUCA